AUGGGCAACAAGAUGAAGACACUGGGCAUCUUCAACUUCACUGGCCGCCCUGUACUGGUCCAAUACCGCUCCUCCAAUUUCCUCAUCCUGCUCGUUGUAUGCGCCGCCGUAUUCACCGACAUAUUCCUCUACGGCAUCCUCGUGCCCGUCCUCCCCUUCGCCCUGACGGACCGAGUCGGCGUGCCGCACGACCAAGUUGCCAAAUGGAACGGCAUCCUCCUCGCGCUGUACAACGCGGGCUUAUGUAUAGGGAGCCCCGUCUUUGGCUUCUACGCUGACCGCACUUCGUCACGGCGACUGCCCUUUCUGCUUGGUCUAAUCGCCCUGGCUGCUGCUACACUGUUACUAUGUCUAAGUACAUCCAUUGCUUUGUUUGCAAUAGGUCGUGUUCUUCAGGGCAUCAGCGCCGCGAUAUGCUGGGCGGUCGGUCUGGCGUUGCUGGCUGACACGAUGGGGGAGAAGAGAGGUUGGGCGAUGGGGUGGGUGAACUGGGCCAUGACGGCGGGCUUCUUGCUGUCUCCGAUUAUCGGGGGCAUUGCGUAUGCAAAGGCCGGGUAUUUUGCCGUGUAUUACCUCGCUUUUGGCUUGAUUGUGUGCGAUAUCGUGCUGAGGCUGCUGUUGGUGGAGAGAAAGGUCGCGCAGAAGUGGCAGCAUCGUGGGCGGAAUGAGGGCUCGAACACGGCCAACCAGGAGCAGCAGCCUGAAGAGAGUGCUGUGAGAUGCUCAGGGGACGUGAAUCCCGAUUAUGGAACGAUUGAGCGGGAUGUGGCAGGACCAGCGAGGGCAUAUUGGAGUCUGAUCAAAUCGAGACGCCUCCUGGCAUCACUCCUAGGCUGCAUCAUGCAGUCUGCAUCCAAAUUCGCCUUUUAUACCGUAGUUCCUCCUUUCGUCGACAAGACGUUUCACUGGGACUCGCUUGCAGCCGGCCUCAUAUUUCUAUGCGUCUUCUUGCCCGGCUUCCUGUCGCCUGUUGUCGGCACCGCAUCCGAUCGAUACGGCACGAAAUGGCUCUCGAGCGGUGGCUUUCUCAUGUCCAUCCCCAUCUUUGUCUGUCUGCGCUUGGUCGACUCGGACUCCAUCUCGCACAAGGUCCUUUUCGGCGUGCUGCUGACACUCAUGGGUGUUGCUACCACCUUGUCCAGCACCCCGCUGAUGGCAGAGAUUACCUACGUGAUUGAAGAGAAGGAAAAGAGGCAGCCUGGGGUCUGGGGAGCCAAGGGAGUAUACGGGGUUGGGUUUGGACUGUUUACUACGUCGUUUGCGCUUGGGGGCGUCAUUGGUAGCUUCAUGGCUGGCUACCUGUACGAAGGGCCGGGUUGGGAGACUUUUGGAUGGGCAUUCGCGGUUUGGUGCGCGGGAGGUGCGUUGAUAUGCGGCUUGUUUGUAGGGAGAUCGGGGCAGGAAGCACGGCGGUAA